CUGAAGGUGUUGAGUCAAGGUGGAGGUAUGGCUGAUCUCAUUCCAAGCUUUGAGCAGAAGCUUCCUGCUCAUGUCACCAACCAGAUAACAGGAACACCUCCUCAUCAGCAAGUGCUGACGAUCGACCAUAACCUCAUAAGUAAUGGACUUCCCCAGUAUCCACCCUUGCCAGCAACUCUGGAUGCAGCUCGUAUCGAAGAAAUCCGCAGAACUGUUCUCUUCACGGACUUGAAUCCCAAUGUGAAGCCAGACGAAAUCAUCGAACUUGCAUCCCGUGCCGGAGAAGUGAAAUAUGUGCGUGUAGGUGCCCAGAGAGGAUAUCAAAGCAAAGUGGCAUUGGUCGAAUUCACAGAACAGCCCAGUGUGAUCAAGGCACUACAGCUGAGUGGGACUGUCCUUGGAGAUCAUGCCAUCAGGGUAUUCCACUCCACACAACCAAUCAUCAAACCCCAAGCCAAGAGUAAUGAGGCUGCUCAGAGAGAGAUCGAAGAAGCUAUGAAGAAAGUUCGAGAAGCCCAGUCUCUCAUCUCUGCCAGCCUUGACCCAGUCUUGGACCUCAUUGAGGGUGGAAGCAAGAGGACGUCCCGAAGCCGCUCCAAAUCCCAUCGUACAAAAUCCCGAUCCCGAUCGAAACACAAGUCUCGCUCCCGCUCCCGGAGUCGAAGUCGGAGCAGGAGCAGGAAGAAGAGAGGCAAGAGGUCGAGAUCCCGUAGUCGAAGGAGAUCCAGGAGCAGAAAGAAGUCCAAGAGCCGAUCCCGCUCCCGGUCCUCUUCUCGGCGGAAGAGUGGCCGGAAGGACAAGAAGAAGGACAAGGAUCGAGACAGGGAUAAAACCAAGGAAAAGGACAAGGACAAGGACAAGAGCAAAGACAGGAGUAAAGACAAAGACAAGGAUAAGGAUAAGGAUAAGGAAAAAGAUAAAGAGAAAGAGAAAGACAAAGACAGGGACAAAGAGAAGGAGAGGGAUAAGGAAAAAGAUAAAGACAAGGAGAAGGACAAGGACAAGGAUAAGGAGAAAAGUAGAGACAAAGAGAGGAGGCGGAGCAAGGAGAGGAGCCGAGAUAAGGGCAAGGACAAGGACAAGGACAGGAGCAGAGACAAGGAUAAGGACAGGGAGAAGAAGGAUGAGGGGAAAGUGGAUUCAAAGCAAGAAUCGAAAGGUGAAGACACGUCAAAGCAAUCCUCAUCUGAAGCAGCAGACUCCGCUCGUGAUCGGCCGGAGGCCAAAAUGGAGGCAGGUGAAGAAGAGAAAAAGAAGGAAACAGAAACUUCCAAGAAGGAAAGGAGGGAGGAGAAGAAGGAACGUGAGAGGGAUAAAGACAGGGGUCGAGAUAAGGAGAAGGAAAGGGGGAAGGACAGGGAGAAAGAUAAGGAGAAGAGCAGUCGUCGCCGAAGCCGUGAUCGGGAAGUGAAGCGGAGACGUUCCCGGUCGGGUUCACCCGUCCGACGCUCCUCGCGGCGCGGUCGCCGUGCGUCCCCGUUGCCGAAGAGGCCCAGUCGCAGAUCCAGAUCUCCGAAGACAAGUAAGAGUCCACUGCGGUCCAGGUCUCCCCAUCGGAGGCGACGAUCUAGGAGAGAAAGGCGUCGUGGCAGAGAGCAAAAUGUGAACCCAGAGCGUUCCAGUCGCCAACGCAGGUCCACCCGUCUGGAAGAGACCGCACCUUCCAAGUCCCGGAGCAAACCGGCGAGGGACUACGAUGAAGAAGAGAAAGGCUACGAAGAGUCAGAGAAGAGCUUCCGUGUGGAGGAUGAAGAAGAAGAGAGGGAAGUUGAGAGUCAUGGAAGUGAUGCAGAAGAUGAUGGAAGAAGUGGAAGUGAUCCUGGAAGGGAUGAAGAUGAAGAUGCGGAGGACAAUGACAACGAGAACGAUGAUGAAGAGGACGACAAUGAAGAUGAAGAUUCCAAAGGAGGAGAAAGCAGCAAUGCUGAGAGUGGGGAAGACAUGGACAUCUCAGAUUAGUUUUAGUGACCUGUCCUCCUGUAUUUGUUUCAUUCUUGCUUGCUGUCUGUGUGAAUGGCAAUAAAAUAAAAAGUAUUCCCAU